CUGUCGCAUACACAAUGAAUCACUCAAGUCUGGAGAUUAUCUGCUGUCUGCUCAUUUUAAUAGCCUUAAGAACGGAAGCAGUUUCGGUUUGGAAAUUACCAACCUCGGAGCAAGUGUACGAGGAUCUGGAGAAUUGUCGCCUAGAAACCCAGGAAGAAAAUGCAGACACCUUGCGAUGUUUGGUUAAAAAACUGGGACUUUGGACCGAUGAGAGUGGCUACAAUGGCAAGCGGAUAGCAAAGAUCUUCGCCGGGCACAACCAAAUGGAGGAACUGAUGCUGGUGGUGGAUUACUGCAACCGGAAGGAGCGGAAUGUAGCGCAUUUGGAUGACUGGGCCUUUGAGGCCUACAGGUGCGCCACUUCCGGUCAGUUUGGUCAUUGGAUAAAGGAUUUCAUGAGCCAAAAGGAAGUUAAGUAAUGAAAUAAAAGUCUGUUCUAAAACAAAACUCCAGAGUCAAUUUUGUUAUAUGUUGAUAACUAUCGAGUGAAACCUUCGGAAUCACAGAAUCUACUGUUUUUAAUUACUACCUACUACUUGAUUGUGCAACGAUUUCUGGAACACCUAGACAUUUAUUUUUAAGAGAU